AUGGGGAUGAACGAUGCGGAAUUUGAGACUUUUGAACAGCAGUUCCUGGAACUUGUUGCGGAAUUUGAAUCUAUUAGCGUAUCAGAAAAACACUUGCGCGAAACAGUCCAAACCGAGUCCACGCGGGCGGAGGCGGCGGAAGCCGCGCGCGACGCCGCCGAGCACGCCGCGGCCGAGGCGCGGCACGGCGCCGCCGCUGCCACUGCGGGCGCUGCCCACGCCGCCGCCGCGCUCGCCAACGCGCAAGAGGAACUCACUAAUGUUAAAACGCAAAUGGACAUACACGAUCGUCAGCGCGUUCUCUUCGAAGAGCGUUGCGCCGAGCUGUCCCGUCAGCUGAGCAGUUUGGAGCGAGAAGUGCAGCAGCUGCGGCCGCUGCAGGCCGCGUACGGCGCAAUGCAUCGGCAGUACACCGAGCUACAGGACCGAGUGCGCCUCGCCACUGACGACGCACGGAGCGAGGCUUCCCGGCUUGAGAGCGAGCUCCGACGAGUAGAGCGGUGCGCAAGCGGCGGCGCAGAGAUUCGCGAGCGUGCGCGCCUCGCCGCCGCCGCGCACGUACGGGAACGUCGUCGAGCUGCCGCCGAGCUGCACCACACCGUCAGUGAGCUGAGAAGAGCUAACACUGAAAUUACUCGUCUUAACACACUAGUAGCAGAGCUCCAAGCCCAACUAUCUGCGACCAAUAUAAUAGAGUACUCUAAAGCGGUAGUGGACCCCGACAAGGAAGCUCUAAGUGUAGCCAAGGCUGCGCUAGAAGCCGAACGCGCGGGCUCGGCGAGGUUGGAGCGCGCGCUGGCCGCGGCUCUGGCGGACAACGCGGCGCUUGCCGCGAGCCUGCAUGCUAGGGACAACACGCACACUAAUCAGGAUCGACAACCGCCUAAUUCUCUGCCGAAGGAUGAGGACACUAAAAUAACGCCAAUUGAUUCUUUCCUGGCGGAUUAAGAUGAAAUACUUAAGUUUUACAAUUUUAAACUCAUGGU